AUGAACGACAAUUUUGGCAACUUAAAGAUAAAUGUGUCCCUGGACAUAAGGGAGAUUAUUGAAUUAGAUAUUUCAAAAGGUGUACUAACAAGUAAUCUUGUUUUUGGAGCAAAAUGGUACGAUAUUAAUCUUGCGUGGAAUAAAACAUUAAAGGGUAAUAUAAGCAGGGUAACUAUCAAAGCAAGCGCAAUUUGGCAUCCAAUCAUUCAGAUAUGUAACAGUGUAACAGGAAAAUCAAAAUUUGAUGAGGAUAAAAAAGUUACUGUACGACAUGAUGGAAUCGUGUUUUUAUACACAGAGAAAAUUUUCCAUACAUACUGCAAGAUCAAUAUGGAGAAAUAUCCUUUUGAUGCGCACAUGUGUCAUUUAGAAAUUUGCAUGGAAGAGAAGACAAGAUCAGAAGCCGUGAUUAGUAGCUGUACAUACGACUUAGGGCCUCAAAAUGAAUUCCAUGAAUGGGAGUUUCUUUUCUCAAAUUCUACAGAAAGUAAAUUCACAGCUACCGCAGUAAUUCGAGCGAAAAGAAAAAUCACAUUAGUAACAGUAACAAAAGUUAUACCCGUAAUAAUGUUGACAAUACUGAUAUUAGCUGUCUAUUUAUUGCCUGCUGAAUCCGGAGAGAAAGUUUCAUAUGCAGUUACACUAUUUCUCUCAAAUAUUGUUCUUCUUUCUGAAGCGUCUCAACUAAUGUCUAAUAAUUCUCGAACUUUCUCUAUAUAUCUAGUGUAUCUCUUAUUUCUGACAACCAUCAGUGGGUUUUCAUGUUUUGCCUCGAUAAUUUCUACCAAUAAAGUCAAAAUAACAAAAAUCAGUCCUGAACCAAGCACUUCACAACGUAAAACAUGUAUCCGAGAAAGCCCAGAUGAAGAAAAUACACAAGGAAAAUUUGCUGAUGUUUUUAAACGUAUGAUUCGUGGUGGAAAAAAAUACAUAUUUUUCUCAGUAACUAUUAUGUCUCUGCUACUCAUAAUAAUUUUUGGCUUACUGAUGUAA